AGCCAUAGUUGGAAUCUAUUUAACUAUCCUUUUGAGGGGAAACCUGCUGGAUCAUAGCUUGAUAUUAACAAUAUAAGAGCUGACGCCUAACUCUAACCAACAUGAGCGCUGGCAGUCUUUUGACCCAGUUCGACGAGGGACUGAGCUCCCUCUUGACCCAGUGGAAUGGCUACUCUACGCUAAUUGUUACGGCCUUGGUGCUACUUCUAACAUGUUCUAUCAUGAACCGGGUUGAACCUGAUAUCCAUCCCAUGCUUCUCGCUCGCCAAGCUUCAAGCUCGCCAGUCCGGAAUGAGGGAGAAUCACCUGUCUACCGCGGAAACUCGGCUCCUCAUGGUCUACCUCUUAACACUGGUUUGAAUGUUAAAGAUCCGGGUGCUUCGAAAUGGGCCCAAGGUCGAGAUGGAGACCUGAGAGAUGUCUGGCGUAGAGCUGUAUCCGGUCCAUCCGAUGAAAGUGGUCCUAAGACGAGGGGGCGCAUCUUGACGGUCCUGGGGAGUGAGAAAGUUAUCGAACAUGAUCUCGACGAUAUCACGCGACAGAUCAACCUGGUUGGAAAGCACAUCACUUCUCAAGGCGGAAAGAAGGUGGCUAUCUAUCUUCCCAACUCUGUCGAGUUUAUUGCCACUUUGUUCGCCUGCAGCUUCUACAACUUGACUGCUAUCUUAUUGCCCUUUGACCAGCCAGAGGAUGCGAUAAUUUCGAUGCUCCAGAGGUCUGGCGCGGACACCGUUGUUACCGCACCCGGUGCUUUCCCGUUCGACAACACUGUUUCGAGCUACCCGGGUCUUCGCCAGCUCAUUUGGGUUGUUGAUGAAGGUAACAAGCAUCUCGACUGGAAUGAGGUCCCUAAAGGUGUGGGUGGUAGCGUCAAUGUCUCUACUUGGCAAGAUAUCCUGAACGACAACCCCGUCACAGCUGGUACUGAACUGCCCCCGGUCGACCCCAAGGCCGAGAUCCAGGAUGUUGUCGUCUUUUGGCAGUCUAAGUCGGGCACCCUUGAAGAGAUGGUCCGAUUCACCCAGGGAAACCUUGUCUCCGCCAUCUCGGCCCAGCUCACAGCAAUCCCUCAAAAGGAACGCUUCUCACCUGCCGAUCUCUUCCUGUCUUCCGCCUCUCUAUCAGCGUCCUUCCCUCUAGUCCUAACACUUGCGGCUCUCUACUCCAACGCUUCCGUGGCUUUCAACUCCGUCGCCGGCAUUACGUCCGACCUGAUCCUAGCCACCACUGGCGUCGCGCCCACCAUCCUCGUCGCUACUCCCCAAACUCUAAAGAAGACUCACGAAGAGACUAAAAGCAAAGUCGGCGCCUCGCUCCUUACACGUGCCUCGCACUGGGUGCAGACGCGCAGCCUCAUCCAAGAUGGUGUUAUGCCCGCGGCCUCUCUUCUCGCCUCGUACAACGACUCUCUGCACCCCCAGAUCGGCUCUUCCCCACCCCCAACUCCUAAACCCGGCAAGCUCCGCCUCUUGUACGUCGCAGACCCCGCAGGUACUGAUGCCCCCCGGCUCUCGGAGCAGACGCUAUCGGACCUACGCGUGUUCACUGGCGCCCGCGUCAUCUACGCCCUUUCUGCUCCUCGCGUUGCAGGUGCCGUCUCCCAAACUCAAUUCAACGACUACCGCGUGUUGGGCGAUGGAAGCAGCGUGCAUUUUGGACCCCCCGUGAGCGCCAUCGAGGUUCUAUUCAGAGAUACGGAAAGCCACAAGAUCACCGACGAGAGCUACGCCGGCGAGAUCGUGGCCCGUGGCCCUGCGGUUGCGGGUGGUGAAGCGCCGUUGGGUGUUGUCGGUACUGUUAGGGUGGAUAAUACGAUCGCUUACGUGUAGGCUUGGCGAGAGUGUUGUAAGGAUUGCAAUGAUAGCAAGUUGGGUGAUGACGAGAAUGGGAUAAGAUUUCGUUUAUUAUUUCCUAUAGCAGGUUUGUUGUUAUAUCAGGCGGAUGGGACGAAAUGACCUUUUGUCUAUCGUGAUUCAAGUAGAUAGUAAACUGCUAAUGCCGUUGAUAUAUCUCUAUGCCAUGCCCUAACUGAAUUUUAUGUAUUCUGUGUUAGUUCCUACAACAUGUCCGUAAUCGU